CUAUUAUGAUCCUCAAUACAGUUUAAACUUAUAACACAGCGGGUGAAGGCUCGGUUGUUUACAUCACCAGCUGAUCUAAUCUGGUGGUUAGUUUCGUCUGCUGGUGAAGAGUCGUGACGGUACACUGAUAACUGGUCACUAAGUAAGGAUGGGUAAGGUAAUGUCUGCUAUGAGUAGACGGGCCACCAAACCUCUCCGAGAAUUCAACCUGGAGACUCGGGUGAUGAAAGAGAUAACCAAGGAGAGGCGUCCUGCAGCACCUUGGCACGAGUCAACUGCUAAGCUUAUCCAACAGUCCGUGCAGGCUCAGCCAGAAGAGAUGACGAGGCAGCUGGAGGAACGAGACGACCACUUGUUAGACAGACUCAAGAAGGUGUACGUGCAGUCUGUGGAUCCUGAGCCACAGACACAGCCACAAAUACCAGAGAACCUUGAUCGACCGCUGCCCACAGAUCGUACAGUUCUACCUGACCUGGACUUUGGCUUUUACGAGCCAAAGUCUGUACCUUAUGGGAAGAUAACGCUGAGAGACGCUGUGGAUGCCAUCUCAAAGCACCAACAAGACCCUGAACUAUGGACGCCCAAGAAAAUCUCCUAUGAAUUCAAGUUAGACACAGGCUUGACAGAAAAAGUUCUUCAUCACUUCCGCACCUUUGUACUGAUUGUCCCUGGAGACCCCAAGACAACCAGAGUUACCAGCGAGAUGUUACAGAACCUCUCGCUCUCUGCUCCUGAUACUCUUAGGGAACUGACCAGUAGUAAGAGUGAAGAGAGGAAUAAUGUGAAUAAGAAGAGUUGAUGAUUAUUGUUGGCACUGUAAUUGUGUUAUUAAUAAGGUACAGUACUGUAUGGUGUUAUAGGGAUAAUAAAGAGAUUGGUGGAUCAGUGACUGUAACAAGAAGAGGAUUUAUUUAACUUAUACUAUACUGUACUCUAGCCACAUGUUUGUUAAGUGCAGCUGUCAGAUACAAAAAAAAAUCAUAGUACAGUACAUAAAUGAUUAUGUUUAACUUCCACAUGAUUCAGUAGCCAGUGAUAAGUAAUUGACAAUGUAUGGUAAACCCUCUCAAUACCAGAUUAAUUCAUGCCAACCUUGUCCCUUAUUGAGAGGAUUCCUUUGAUGGGAGGGUUUCAUUUUUUGCCUAAUUGUAUAUAUAAAAAUUUUACACAUAAUUUCCGAGUAUCACAAUGCUCGGCUUAUACAGUACACUUGAGUAUGAGGAAUCCAAAUAGCUUGCUCUCAGAGUUUCUGUAUCAAGUUUUAACAGUUUCCACCAUUAAUUUGACAUUAAGCACUUUGUUCUCUUCUUUCACUGCUGUAUCAGUACCAUCACUUGUGUGUUUGUUUAGACACAUUUAAGAGCAGUGCACCUGGUUAUUAGCAGUGUUCCCAUUACCAGAUCCUAUCAGCUGUGUCCACUACUUAUACCAGACCAAAAGUGUCCCUUAUUGGGAAUAUCCCUGAGUAAGAAGCCCCUUUUUGAGAGGGUUCACUGUAGUUACACUUUUUAUGAGCAUAAAUUUAAUAUGUUAAGGGUAAAGUAGUCCACAGAAAUUCCAGGAGAGGUACCGUAUGUGUUGAUGGAACUUGCUAUUUAGGACAAGAACAUCAGUAACAUGUAUAUCUCAAUACUGUAUCCUGGAUUCAAUUCCUGGCCUGGGACAGAUGUGAGAAGAAUGUUACCAGUGUGAUCCUACCGGAUUUUGCACAUUUUUUUUCUGGGUACUCAAGUUUCCUCCUGUACAGUAUAAACACUGGACACUACAGGUCAUAACAAAGAAUAGAUCAACCACCUGAAUGGCUAGUAAGUGUUUAAGGGGGAAUGGAAAUGUGUAUGAGUGAUGAGCAAAUUUGUACAAAGAGAUGGUUAACUUAUGGGGAGUAAUACUAAGUUACUGUGAUCACCGUCCACCAUCACUCUUCAUUUGUUCUGAAGAUCAGUAACUGCACAGAACAGUUGCCAAAUGAUUUUCUUUUGUGAAUACAGAAGGAUCAUAAGGUUCAAUGGUGUACAAGAUCACAACAGUACUGUUCACUUCUCACAUACUGUGCUCACUUGUGUGUCGUAAAUGUUGACAUACAGAACUUGGACCUAAAUGUUUUAGUCUUUCUUUUUUUAUAGUUUCUUGAGUACCUUUAUAUUCAUAUUUAUUGUUGCCUAGUUUUGUAAAAAAUGUAAUUAAUGAAUUUAUAUAUAAUGAUGUAAAUAGUUUUUAAAUAAAGAAUUUUCUUAAUAA